AUGGCACUCAAAGAUCAAAUCCCUAUUGAUUUAUCCGAAGACAUUGUAGGGCUUACAGCAUCGGUGAAUUGUCUUCUCAUAACGUUGAUUUUUGAAACCCAAGUGUCUAGAUGGUCGACAUUACUAAUUGACGUAGCUAACGUUUCCAAAUUUGGCGUUCCUCCGAAUAUGGCUACUGCAGUAAAGAAAUCUAGCCGUAAUGCAUUAUUAUUUUUUGCUUACGCCGUUUUCGCUGUUAGCACCUACUCUGUAGUCUCUGUAUUCGUCGAGUCAGUUAGAUGUGACAAAUUAAACAAAGAAAAAGGACUUCGCGAAAUAUGUUACACAAUCACACCAUUUUGGUGGCCCUAUGGUUUUAAAGAAUUCAACCCACUUUUUUAUCUACUUAUAAAUGCUCAUCAAUAUAUAACAUUAAUGUUGUGGUAUCCUGUUGCUGCAAUGAUAAUAUUUAUUGCUGUAGAAGCUGUCGCAAUCAUUAAAGCCAAAAUAGAGCAUAUGCAAGAAUUAUUUGAAGAAACUUUCGCAACUGAAGAUUUUAGUUUGCAAAGAAAGCGCAUGGGAAUCUGUAUUCGAUAUCAUCAAGAAAUAAUAAGGCUUGGCACAGAAAUGAAUGUACUUUUCAAAAAAUUGUUCGGUCAAAUGUCUUUUCUGUCUGCAGUUGUUGUAAGCUUUAUUUGCAAUCAAAUAUUAAGGCAAUAUUCUAUAGGAGCCACUCUUCAUUUAAUCGGUUACUGGGCUGGAAUAUGUUUCAUAUGUCAUAUUGGACAAAACGUUUCAGACGAUACUUACUCUGUUAAAGAUAGGGCUUAUUCAUGUAAAUGGUAUUUAAAUGACCCAAAACUAGCCAAGGAUUUACAGUUAGUCAUUCUACGGUCUCAGAAGCCAGUUUAUAUGGAAUCCAUUCCUUUUGGCAAUUUUAGCUACAGCAUUUUAAUAACAAUUAUUAAAACUGCUUAUUCUUAUCUAACAUUGAUUAAUAAUACUGGGUAAAAUGUGUAGUUUGGUAUCCUACACACCUUAAUGCAGACUAAAAUCCAACUAUAUGAAGAAUAAAGGCAUUAAAUAUUGAUAAAUAUUAGAGUAAUUUCCUUUACAAGCGCUAUUUAUAAUUAAAUUAAUUUGCUUUAUAUUUUUGUUGAUCAGUAUAGCAUGCUUAACUAAAUCUAGAAUACGCUUAAUAUUACACAAUACACCGAGUUAUAACGAACUAUAAUAAAUAAACA